GGGUGAGCGGCUGGCUGGAGUGUUUUGGCCCUGGUCAGUCUUGCCCCACACACUCUGAUAAUAAGUGUUUCCGUAUUCCCGGCAGCUUCUCCCUGUACCAAGCACCGCCACGCAGCACCAGAGACCCAUGAGUACGUAAGCUUCUCCCUGUACCAAGCACCGCCACGCAGCACCAGAGACCCAUGAGUACGUAAGGUGAGCCCAGCGGUGCCACGGAGCACCAGAGAGCCAUGAGUAGUAAGAUGAACUUUUCCGAGAUCCUGACGUCCUGUGGGGGGGCCAGGGGGGGCGCAGUGGCCUGGUCCCCCGACGGCAGGCUGGUGGCGUGGCCCUCCUCCCCCACCAGGCUGCAGGUCAGGGAUUCAGCCUCUCUGCAGGUGCUUGUAACGUUCACCUGUGUCGACGCUGUGCAGGAAGUCUUAUGGGCACCAGACUCACAGCACCUCCUCUCGGCAUCCUAUAAACGGGGCAUGGUGGAGGUGUGGGCGGUGGGUGACCCUGGGUGGAGGUGCCGAGUGGAUGGGGGCUCGGGUGGCAUCAUCGCGGCCCUCUGGUCACCCGACAGCCGACACAUCCUCACUACUGCGGAUUUCUAUGUUCAGCUUACAGUGUGGUCGCUGGUGAGCAGGGACACUUGCUGCGUGAGGCGACCCAAGGCUGUGGUGGGGGGGGCUGUUUUCAGUCCCAGCGGCAGUUAUCUGGUCGUCGCUGAGAGGAGGGACUGCCGGGACUACCUGGCGCUGUUCGAGACCCAAGAUUGGACGCUGGUGAAGAGCUUCCAAGUCUGCACACGUGACCUGGUAGGGGUGAGCUGGGGAGGACACACCCCGAGUCACCCCAGACCCCAGACAAACACAGGUUCAAUUCUGGCAGUGUGGGACUCGCCCUUACAGUACAAAGUGGCGCUGUAUUCCUUGUCUGGGUACUGCCUGGGGUGUUACAGUGCCUAUGAGUGGGCAUUGGGGGUGACGGGGUGUUUGUGGAGCCCCUCUGGUCAGUUCCUGGCUAUCUGUAGCUGUGAUGAUAAGGUGCGCCUCCUGAGUUACCCCCCUGCAGGGUCGCGGCUGAGUUUCUCCAGCCCACCACCAUCACCACCACCUCCUCCCCUUCCUGUGUCGUUUACAAGGAGACCCGUUCAAAAGUUACUGGCUAUGCUGCAGCCCUCGCCACAGCUCGGAGCCUGCCCCCUCUCUCUUCUGUGUCUUACACAGAAGAGACAAGCCGUCCGGUAUCUCUUGCCACAAUACCCCCUGAUAAAAACGCUCCCUGUCCCCCCCAAGAACCCCGCCAGGCCCCCCGCUUGUGGCAUUCAGCAGUGACGGGAGGUACCUUGCCACACGUCGCUUGGAUGUGCCCUACGCCGUUUGGAUCUGGGACAUUUCAGCUGUUUCCCUCAAGGCUGUGUUGGUUCAGGACGAUGCUGUGAAAGAUAUGGCAUGGGAUCCUCGAAGCAGCCGCCUGGCACUCAUCACAGGUACCUCCCACCUCUACUUCUGGUCACCCCUCGGCACUGUUGUGGUUGCUGUGCCAAACGGACCUCAUCUGCACUUAACGAGCCUCAGGUGGCACCCGUUUGGAAAAUGUUUGCUGGCUAAUGAGCGGAAACACCUGUCCGUUUGUUUCCUGGAUCCCCCCGCCAACCCUCACUCAAGCCCCUCCCCCCUAGUGUGUGUGUGUGUGUGUGUGUGUGUGUGUGUGUGUGUGUGUGUUUUUUAUUGGCUUUCAGUGUUUAGAUUUUAAAUAAAGAUUAUUCCUUGUAA